UUUAAAAAGGAAAAAAAAAAAAAACCUUGGUAAAGAAAAAGGGGGUAACAGCCCCACAGAGACCCUUCCAGAAGAGGUGGCAGCCUGCAGACAAAGGACCAAAAUAGACGUGUCCAGUGGUGAGAGGCCACCCUCCCCCGGGAAAGGCACCAGGCUGUGGGGUAUGCCCUGCUCAGGAGUCCCAGGGGGUGCCCUGUGCACCCAGAGCACACACCCCUCAGUCCAGCGAGCCAAGCCAGCAGGGCCUGUGGCUUAGAGUGCCAAAGAUGCAGCUUGGGACCUGCAGCCUCAUCUGAGGCCCAGUCAGAAGGCAGAGCCCAGGACCUCCUUCCUGUCCACGUGCCCUGGUGUGCCCACUGCCCUGUGGUUGCAGUCUGUGGUUGAGUGGCUCUGCAUCUGUUGGUGACAUGGGGCCAGGGAUAUGAGCGUGGUCCUGAACCACUGCUUCCCUAAGGGACCUCUGAAGCAGGGAACCCAGUGGGACCAGCGACUCCAGAGAGUGGCAACAGCUCAGGAGGUGUUGAGGCUCCAGGUCAGAUAACCACCAGCUAUCCACCAUGGUGGUGGCAUACCCUACUGCCACAGCUACCGCCACGCCUGCUGCCACUGUCACAGCCACCGUCGUGAUGACCACAGCCACCAUGGACCUUCGGGACUGGCUGUUCCUCUGCUAUGGGCUCAUCGCCUUCCUGACGGAGGUCAUCGACAGCACCACCUGCCCGUCAGUAUGCCGCUGUGACAAUGGUUUCAUCUACUGCAACGACCGGGGGCUCACGUCCAUCCCCUCAGACAUCCCCGAUGAUGCCACCACCCUCUACCUACAGAACAACCAGAUCAACAAUGCUGGUAUCCCCCAGGACCUCAAGACCAAGGUCAAGGUGCAGGUCAUCUACCUGUACGAGAACGAUCUAGACGAAUUCCCUAUCAACCUGCCCCACUCCCUGCGGGAGCUGCAUCUACAGGACAACAAUGUGCGCACCAUUGCCAGGGACUCCCUGGCCCGCAUCCCACUGCUGGAGAAGCUGCACCUGGAUGAUAACUCUGUGUCCACUGUGAGCAUUGAGGAGGACGCCUUUGCCGACAGCAAGCAGCUCAAGCUGCUCUUCCUAAGCCGAAACCACCUGAGCAGCAUCCCAUCGGGGCUGCCCCACACGCUGGAGGAGCUGCGACUAGACGACAACCGCAUCUCUACCAUUCCACUGCAUGCAUUCAAGGGCCUCAACAGCCUGCGGCGCCUGGUCCUGGACGGAAACCUGCUGGCCAACCAGCGCAUCGCUGACGACACCUUCAGCCGCCUGCAGAACCUCACAGAGCUCUCGCUGGUGCGCAACUCGCUGGCUGCCCCGCCCCUCAACUUGCCCAGCGCCCACCUGCAGAAGCUCUACCUGCAGGACAACGCCAUCAGCCACAUCCCUUACAACACGCUCGCCAAGAUGCGGGAGCUGGAGCGGCUGGAUCUGUCCAACAACAACCUCACUACGCUGCCCCGAGGCCUGUUUGACGAUCUGGGAAACCUGGCACAGCUGUUGCUCAGGAACAAUCCCUGGUUCUGCGGCUGUAACCUCAUGUGGCUGAGAGACUGGGUGAAAGCACGGGCCGCUGUGGUCAACGUACGGGGCCUCAUGUGCCAGGGCCCUGAGAAAGUCCGGGGCAUGGCCAUCAAAGACAUCACCAGCGAGAUGGAUGAGUGCUUUGAGGCGGGGUCACAGGGCAGCGUGGCCAAUGCAGCUGUCAAGACCACAGCCAGCAACCACCAUGCCUCUGCCACCACGCCCCAGGGCUCACUGUUUACCCUGAAAGCCAAGAGGCCAGGGUUGCGUCUCCCCGACUCCAACAUUGACUACCCCAUGGCCACAGGUGAUGGAGCCAAGACACUGGUCAUCCAGGUGAAGCCACUGACGGCAGACUCCAUCCGUAUCACAUGGAAGGCCAUGCUGCCUGCUUCCUCCUUCCGGCUCAGCUGGCUGCGUCUGGGCCAUAGCCCAGCUGUGGGCUCCAUAACAGAGACUCUGGUGCAGGGAGACAAAACAGAGUACCUGCUGACAGCUCUGGAGCCCAAGUCCACCUACAUCAUCUGCAUGGUCACUAUGGAGACCGGCAACACUUACGUGGCUGAUGAGACCCCUGUGUGUGCCAAGGCAGAGACGGCCGACAGCUAUGGCCCUACCACCACACUCAACCAGGAGCAGAAUGCCGGCCCUAUGGUGGGGCUGCCCUUGGCUGGCAUCGUCGGUGGUGCCGUAGCGCUUGUCUUCCUCUUCCUGGUCCUGGGGGCCAUCUGCUGGUACGUGCACCGGGCUGGCGAACUGCUGACCCGGGAGAGGGCCUACAACCGGGGCAGCAGGAAGAAGGACGACUACAUGGAAUCGGGUACCAAGAAGGAUAACUCCAUCCUGGAAAUCCGUGGCCCUGGGCUGCAAAUGCUGCCCAUCAACCCGUACCGCACCAAAGAGGAGUACGUGGUACACACCAUCUUCCCCUCUAACGGCAGCAGCCUCUGCAAGAGCGCCCACACCAUUGGCUAUGGCACCACACGGGGCUACCGGGACGGGGGCAUCCCCGAUGUGGACUACUCCUACACUUGAUGCCGGCUGCCCAGCUAUGGCCAGGUGGCUCUGCCCAGCCCGCCACAACCCCAGGAGCCAGGAAGGGAGACUCCACUGACUCUCCCAGCCGAAAGCAAAGCUUGGGGAGGGGUGAUGAUUUUGUAGAAAGCAGCAGUGGGGGGAAUUUUUUUAAAAAACGUGUAGAAGGCAGAAGGGGUAUUCAACAUUGUUGGAGACAUAAUUUAUACCAGACCAUGACGGUUGAGAAGAACUAAAAAUAAUCACGUGGGAAGGGUUGGGUUGGCUUUUUUUUUCUUCCUGAACUAGACUGAUACUACCUGUAUGACGUCUGUAUACACCUUGAACUCUGGUCAGAGCAAUCAGAGAGAUGCAGACCACACCCGCCAUGCAUGGAGCCCCCACGUGGCCCUCCUGCUCUGCUCACAGGCAACAACUCAACAGGUCUUCAGGCUCCUCCCAACAGAGCUGAGGGAAGAAUUUUUUCCUGUGGAGGUAUUGUCCUGAAGUCUUUUCCCUGGUUUUUCCAUUUUUCCUUCACAGAUUUGCAGAAAUACAGCGUUUUUCACAGCACUCUUGGAACAAUAUUAUAGUCAAUUAAAGAAAAACAAAAUCAAACUUUCUCUUCCAAUGCCAAGCACUUCGGUUGCUUUCACCGAACCCCAUAGAAGCUCUUGACGGACGCCGUCGAUGUCCCUGCUGCGUGGAGGUGUGUCUGUCUACCCACUUAUUUCUGUGUGGUGUGUCUCAGUACAGAUGGGUAGACAGAACCACGUGUCCCACCUUUCAGUGCUUCUUGGGUCAGUCUUUACCAUUUCCUGAGCUAAUAGAAUUGCAAAAGUGUUGCUUUUUCCUAGAAAUCAUUGAGUAAGUGGGCGUGUGUUAGGGACAGGAGUGAGGAGGAGUCUCAGUCUGGGUGGAGGGGUCUUGCUCUUCCUAAAGAUCACUGCAUCUGCGUUCCUGGGGAUUAGAGGAGCUGGCCAAGGGUGCUUUUAGAUCUGUCCCAUCAGCCUGGCCAAAGCCAGGCUGUCCUCCUUUAAAAUUCAGAGAAAAGCCAGUGACCUUAUCUGUCCCUCCCCGAGUGGAUGGCAUCCCCACAGUAGUUGUUUACUAUAUUCUUCUUCCCAGGACAGGUAAUUAGUGCAAAGACCAUAGACAAAUAUGCUGGUUAGACCUAUUGGUUUCCAUGGCUGCUCAAAGCCCAGAAAAAAAGAAAUCCUUUUCACACACACACACACACACACACACACACACAAGCACGCACGCACACACACCAAUGUAGAGCUCUCAGCCAUGCCCACAUCAGGGGUUCUGUUCUCGAAAAAAAAGUCAACCUCAGAAAGGGUGCUGACCAGGGCCCUCAGAAGAGCUAAGAUUUUAUUUCCUCCCUGUGGAAUCAAUGUCAUUACCAUUUAUCAACUGACACCACAAUGUGGUGAGCCAUGAGAUUAAAACAAUGAUAAAAUAAUGACAGCAAAUCCGGAGAGGAGGGAAGAGCAGAGCCUGGGGUUCUGAUGUCUGCUGUGUCCCAUACUUGGGGCAACAGGGUCACCAUCUGUCAAUGCGACGCUUUGCC